GCGCGUACUUUAGCAGCAUACUUCAUUGAAUUAAAUGUUGGGUUUUCUUCUCGGCCCACGUCUACAUCUCCUCCAUUUUUCAAGAUCGAUUAUUGUGUAAACUUACUUUUACUCUGUAUUAUAUGGGUUUCUUUUCACUUUCAUUCCUUUCAGUGACAGGAAAAUAAUUGGUAAUUUUGAGCUGGGAGUUUGGUCCUCCUAGAUUUUGAUCUUGCUGUGUUAGCGAUUUUUGAAGUUUUGUGGUUAGGAUUCUCGGAAAAUUGAGGGAGAUCAAUCACGGGAUUUAGUUGCUUAAUUUCUUUCCAUUUUUUAGGAUUGUGUCGCGUGGUUCUUGACACUGGAUUUUUGGUUGGGAAAUUCGAUUCUUGUUUGGUGCAAGAUGUAUGGUGUUUCUGGUAUUUGUUUGAAUUUUAAAGUUGGGAUCUUGUGCUGGGAGAGAUUGAUGGGUUUUUUUUUUAAUUUCUUCUAUGGAGAAAGAGAAAAUUGCUAUUGGACUUGAUUAAGAUCUUUUAGGGGUGAAAUGGGGUACUGCUGAAUAUGGUGUUUGUUUCUUUGGAGAAGGAAAUUUUGGUGGUUCAAUAGCAUCUUUGGUUGGUUUGUUGCUAAGCUUGAAUUGAAUAAACAUGGAUGACAAUGAGGAUGAUGCUAAAUAUCCACCAAAUUCCUAUGUUUUGAAUCACCCACCGAAUUAUGGUUCCUCUGCUGCAAAGCUUCCAGUACGUAAUAUGCAGUAUCCUCAGGCAGUCGGUAAUCAGUAUUUCGAUGAUGAAGACAAUGAGGCUGAAAAUGAAGAAGAGAAAUUAGGAGUAGCUCGUUAUCCAAAUAACGGGGUUCAAUAUAUAGACAAUGGUAAUGACGAUAUUGAUAGUGAUGAUGAUAAUGAAGAUGGUGGUGAUGGUGAAGAUUGGGAUGAAGAUGUAGAUGAUGAGGAUGUUAUGCCCAAUAAUGAUAAUUGGAAUGCAGACGAGUCGGAUGACUUGGAAAGACAUCCAAAAAAGCGGAAGCUAAAGAGUUUGGCUUCAAGUUAUGAAUUUGCUCCAAGGGUACGGGCACCACCGGUUGCAGCUCCUACUGCCCCCAAGCCAUCAUUUGGCGGGCGAAAUUCACUUACUGACUGGAAUGAGCAUGAGACAUUUGUUUUGUUAGAUGCUUGGGGGGAUAGAUUUCUGCAACGUGGGAGGAAGAGUCUUCGAGCUGAAGAGUGGCAAGAAGUUGCAGGGAAGGUAUCUGCAGUUUCAGACAUUGAAAGAACAGAUACACAAUGUCGGAAUCGUUUAGAUACCUUGAAGAAAAAGUACAAGAAGGAGAAGUUGAGGCUGACAGAAGUGGGUGGUGACAGUAAAUGGGUUUAUUUCAAGAAAAUGGAUAUGUUAAUGUCAUCAUCUGCACAGCAAGGUGGCAUAUCUUGUGGCUUGGACUCUGGGGAUAAUGUUUUCAUGAAUCCUAAUGUCCAUGUAAACCAUGCUAAUGCAAUGGAUGAGAUGACAGAUAGUCUUGAAAACUUGGAAUCAACAGAUGGUCAUGAGGAUGAUUCAGAUGGGCUUCCACCAAAGAAGAGAAGGUUUGGAAGUGACAACGAUGCAGGGCCCUCAUUCGGAUUGCUUGCAGAUUCUAUACAAAAAUUUAGCAAAAUAUAUGAAAAGAUUGAAAAGAGCAAAAGAAAUCAGAUGUUGGAGCUCGAAAAAAUGAGAAUGGAUUUCUAUAAGGAGUUAGAAAUGCAGAAGAGGCAGAUUAUGGAGAGAGCCCAGGCCGAGAUUGCCAAACUUCAGCAGGGGGAUGUCAUGGACAGUGAUGCCACUCCCGAAAAUGGCAGCGGGUGAUACAUUCUAGACCCCUUUCAUGUUAUGUGUAUUGAUUCAGGAUUUUCACUGCUAACUGUUGUUGUGUAAUAGUGGUACGUUUUACCCCUUUCCCCUCUUACUUCCUGUGGAAGUAAAUUAGAUUCAUUUGGAGGUUAUUGUGGGUUCUCUUUUGAUUUGUUUCUACAUAUGACUUGUUCUUGUGUAUGAACUUUAGGGUUAGCUGUUCUCUUAUGAUAUGUAACCUGCAGAAAUAAUUACAUAGAUUAUCUGUUCUGCGCA